AUGGCAGGCAGUUCAUACAAUCCUGCGGACUUGAAUUCAAUCCUCAGCACAUUAUCCAGUCUAUCUUCUCAACCUCAGGGCAGCUCCAAUCCGCACAGUGUCAGAACCACUGUCCCGCAAAAUACUACACCUGUGCAAUCAACACGCUCUGAGGAUCCACGUCCGCAGCGACCUAGCACAAGGCCAUCCGGUCCUUCGACUCCUGGUGUCGAUCCAUCAACGAUCACGACUUGGCCCGGAGCACUACGUUAUGUGAUGCGCACUGUGGGUCAAAACGAAGAAACCCAAGCACGUAUCCGUGGUAUGAUUCGAAGCCAGCACUCACAUGAGAAGCAAUGGUUUCAAGGCCGUGAGGCAUUAUUGAAGCAGCAGCAAAGUCGCCCCCAGAAACAGAGGGAGCUAGAUGCAGUUCUCCGUUCGAUCGGUGCCCCUGUGAAAGAAGAUGAUGGCUCGACCGAAAAGGAAUUUGCUGCAGAAAUUGCAGUCUACGAUGGAAAGGUUCAUAGGGCAGCUACGCAGAUGACGAAUGCUCUCAUUGCUGAGUUGCGCGGUCUGGGCAUUCCGUUCUUCACGCUCCGAAAAGACUUGAUUCAAGAUACCUCAUCUGCUCCAGAGAAUUCCGAUCCUCGGCGUCUCUCUGACAUCGGACCGUCUGUUUCAUCGCCAAUCUCGAAGACCGAGCUUGUGAAGUUGCAGCGACGCAUGUUGGAAUUGCUAGAAGAUCUUUGUAAGGAGUGA